AUGAAUAUCCGUUGCGCGAAGCCCGAAGAUCUGAUGAACAUGCAGCACUGUAAUCUGCUGUGCCUGCCGGAGAACUAUCAGAUGAAGUACUACUUCUACCACGGUCUCACUUGGCCACAGCUAAGUUACGUCGCGGAAGAUGACAAGGGCAACAUCGUCGGGUACGUGCUGGCCAAGAUGGAGGAACCGGAGCCUGGUGAGGAGAGCACCCACGGCCACAUUACGUCACUGGCGGUGAAACGAUCGUACCGGCGGCUAGGGCUGGCCCAGAAGCUCAUGAACCAGGCCUCGAAGGCAAUGGUCGAGUGCUUCAAUGCACACUACGUGUCACUGCACGUUCGCAAGUCGAACCGGGCCGCACUCAAUCUGUACACGAACUCGUUAAAGUUCAAAAUUCUGGAGAUCGAGCCAAAGUACUACGCCGAUGGAGAGGACGCGUACUCGAUGCGAAGAGAUCUUUCGGAGCUGGCGAGUGAUCAGGAUCGACCCGGGGCCGUCGACGGAGAGGAAGCGGGUGACACCAUCACCAACCACAAAGACCACCAUGCUCGGCCGGGCGCCGGAGGACAUGCCGGGCACGAUGGGCACUGUUGCUAACCCGGAACACGACGCUCAAGCGGGGAUCUUUACGUUAAGAAACGGCCACAAUCGGAACACAG